AUCGUAAAGUAAUCUAGUUAUAGAAACAUGGCGCCGUCCUAUGAAGCGAAGUGUAAACAUCGCAUCUUUACUAACAGUUAAUCACCUCAACGGCUCGACUGGAACACGUUCAAAAGUCGACUUGGCGACCUGAUAUUGAGUCUAAAAUGGCGACAAAUGGGGAGGAAAACUCGGAAUCGGAGGUUGCAGGGCUGAGGAUUAAAGUGGAGACCCUGAGGCAUAAACUGAAAACGUGCAAAGGUGAAAUACACAAGUUACAGAAGCAACUUAACAAAACAGAGCGACUGCAGAAGAACACAGAAAAAUACAACGAUGACCUACGAAAACAGGUUGAUAAAUUAAGUGCUGAAAUCCACGAAAGGAAGAAGAGAGAGAAAAGCAGAACAAAUGCAGAGACGCAAACAGAGGACUACACCUGGACAGAAUCAGAUUAUUACAACUACUACUACGGAAGCAGUUACCAGAGUGAGACUACAGCGACUGUGGCUACAGAAACACAAGAAAUUUCAACUUCAGAGGUUCCUGAAAGUCAGGGAACUGUGGAACCAUGUCAGGCAGGGGCAGAGAAUAUUACAGAUGACUCAAAAUUACAAGAGAAUUGCACCUCUGCUGCUGUUAAUCCAGAGGAAACUGGUGGAGCCUCCAUUGCUGACAUCAUAAGAGCUACAGCGGAAGAGGCAGUUUCUCAAACUGGAUUUGUCUUCGAUGAAACCUCUGGAAUGUAUUACGAUCACAGUACCAGCCUCUACUAUGAUUCGGCCAGUCAGCUGUACUACGAUGCCAACUCGGGGAUGUAUUACUACUAUGACGCCGAAAGCGGGCGAUACCAGUUCCACUCCAGAGUGGAGGUGCAGUCCUACCAGGCCGCCCCAGAUCCCGACAAAAAGAGCAAAAAGAAAAAAAAGGAAUCCGAGAAAUCUUCAAGAAAGGAGGCUGAGAAAUCUUCCCUUCAGGACAGCAAGGACCUGUCGGCUGAAGUGUGGAAGGAUGAGAAUGAUGGGAGGAGGUCGCGACAGAAGGGGAAGAGGUCUCCAUCUCGUAGAGUCAAGAAAAGGUCCCGCAGCCCAAGAGGGAGGUCCCGCAGCCCAAGAGGGAGGUCCCGCAGCCCAAGAGGGAGGUCCCGCAGCCCAAGAUGGAGGUCUCAUAGCCCGAAAAGAAGGUCAAGUAGCCCCUGCACUUCUGAGGAUGGGGUAGUAAAGAGGGCGAAAGGCAAGCGGAAAAAAUCCAAGAAGGCGUCGCGCGCGCGGAGAAGAGCGCGUUCGGCCGCGGCGAGCAGCGAGAGCGAACCGGAGGAGGGAGAGAUCACCGAGUCCGAGGGGGAGUGCCCCAGCUCCGCCAAGUCCUCCGCCAAGUCCUCCACCGACUCCACGUCCGAGUCCGAGGACCAGGGAGGGUCGGAGGAGGCCUGGCCGCCGUGCGUCAGGGUGACGGUGGUCCGCUCUCCGGUGCUGCAGACGGGGACCCUCUACAUCAUCACCGCCGACAUGCCGGCCACCAUCGGGAGAGAGAAGGACAUGGACCAUGCAAUCAGAAUACCUGAAGUGGGCGUUAGUAAGUUCCAUGCAGAAGUUUAUUUUGACCAGGAAUUGCAGUGCUAUGUGCUCGUGGACCAGGGCAGCCAGAACGGGACCGUCAUCAACGGCAACCGUAUUCUGCAACCGAAGGCAAAGAGCGAGCCCUGCACUCUGACGCACGGCGACGAGGUUAAGAUGGGCGACACGGUGCUGUCCUUCCACAUCCACUCGGGCAACGACACCUGUGACGGCUGCGAACCGGGCCAGGUCAUCGCCCACCUCAACCGUCACAAGAGGGACGAGCCGGGCGGUCAAGUGAUGAACAGAGAAGAUAAGGAGGUUAAACGGCAGAAAGAACUGAAGCAAAUGAAAGUGAAAUAUGGCUUGAAAAACAGUGAAUAUGAGGGAGCCAAGGUCAUGAACAACUCCAAGUAUCAGGACCGUGCGGAAAAGCGCCGACAGGUGGUGGGAAGCGAAGGGGCUUUCCACAGGGACGACGCUCCCGCUUCCGUUCACGUAGAAAUUAGUGAUGGAAACAAAGGAAGGAAGAUGCUGGAAAAGAUGGGUUGGAAGAAAGGGGAAGGAUUGGGCAAAGAUGGAGCAGGAAGGAAGGAUCCGAUUCAGCUGAAGAUCCGCAAGUCUCACGCGGGCCUAGGAACCGCCGCUGCAGUGUCUGUGGACCAUGCUGUCCUGAACAGGAGCAAGAAUCAGGAGAACUGGGAGAAAGCACGGGAGAGGUUUGCCGAUACCUGCCAAACCUCUAAUCCUUCCAGUAAGAAAGAGACCCAGGUGCUCACGCCAUGGGUCAAGAGCAAAGUGGAUGAGUGACCCAAACUGUGAAAUGGAGAAAUAGAUUUGUGUAAUGUGUGUGUGUGUGUGUGUCACCAUUUCUGACGUGUGGACCUGUAUGGUUGAAAAGGGCAUCACUGACAUAUUUUUGUAUUACUGUAAGGCUUGUUUUUCCUCAUAUAAUCCUGCAGAUCAGGCAUGUGUGUAAUAAAGAUGUGUUUCAUAUUUUCAUUAUAAGACCAACAUUUUUUAGUUAUGAUGCCUUCGCAGCUGGACUGAACCUUGGAAAGACCAACCUCUUCAUUUGUAGGUAAAAUGAGUGAGUCUGAGGUUAUAUCACUGCCAUUUGUUUCAAAUAAACUGGAAAUCGAAA